UUCUACACUUCCCAUUCCCAAGUUGUUUUCUCUCUCUUUAUAUGUCCAUUUAAUUUUGUGAUAGUGUGAAGGAAGUGGAUUUUCAAAAUGAAAGGAGGAUCAAAGACGACGAUGAUGAUGAUGGCAACAUUCAUAUGGUGGUCGAGUAUGAGUGCAUUCGGAUGGGCAAGUGAGGUCCCUCUAGAAGCAAGCUACAGCACUGUGAGUUUCAACACUACAUUCCAAGAUGCGAGCGUGGGGUUUUACCAGAUUUUCAUGCGAUCUCUACGAAUGGAUUUGUCGAGUGGAACCGAGAGCUAUGACAUUCCAGUGCUGCGAUCGAAAGCCGCAGCGGUUGGAGACAACCAAUUUGUGUAUGUGAAGCUUUUCAAUCCAAAAAUCUCCAUCACAUUCGCAGUGUAUACUCUCAACGCAUACGUGGUGGCCUAUCAAGUAGAUUCAUCAAGGCGUUGCUACUUUUUUAAAGAAGCUCCUGCCAAUUCCAAGUCCUUGCUUUUCCGUUCUUGUACUAGUAAGGUCGAUGUUAAUCUUGCAACGAAUUAUGUCAACUUAGGAGACAGAGAGAAAACCAAGUUGGGAUUCAAGCCAUUGGACCAAUCCCUAGAAGAGUUUCAAAGUUUUGAUAGCAAGGAUUCUACAACCUCGCUUCGUCAGAAUCUUCUAGUUGUUAUCCAAAUGGUUGCAGAGGCUGCGAGGUUCAAAUACAUUCAGAAAAAAAUAGAGUCGAACGGGUUCGAGUCAGGAUUUCUCCCAAAAGGUGAUGUUAUCAGCUUUGAGAAUAAUUGGGAAGUUCUUUCCAAAGCAAUCCAGAAAUCUAAAGAUGGAAAAUUUGCUACACCAAUUAAAUUGCUGAAUGAGAACUAUACUCCACGCUCUGUGUCCACGGUUGCAGAAGUGGAAAACGACAUGGGACUCUUGCUGAAUGCAGCCACAACAAGCUUUGAUGAUGACCAAAGAGCUGCUAUGUAGUUUAAAAUCUAAGUGGGUGUUUCGUUUCCCUUUUAGUCAUCGUACGGCUCAGGAUGAUGAUGCUUUUAAUAAUGUUUCCCUUUUCAUCAUCUUCCUUCGUACUAUAUGGUGAUGAAGUUUUGUAUAAUGAUGUUUUGAUAUGAUGAAUAAAAUCACCCUACUACGUACUAAUUAA